AUUUUGUGCUUUAUCACGUAAACAAGACGUUAAAUAAAUGCUAUAACAUAAAAUAAAGUUAAAUUACCAUGGCCUACGACACAGAUACAAUAAAGUCCGCUGUAAAAUUUAUAUCCGGGGAAAGCAAAAUAUGUAGGUUAUGUAUCGGAAACAUUGGAUCUAAGGAAAUAUCCUUUCUCGACUUUGUAACAAUUGAUUCUGCAUAUUACAACGAUAAGUUAUCAUACCAGUCCAUUUUUCGAGAACUUGGUGUCUCAUCAGAACGGGCUUUACCUGAGGUUUUAUGUGUCAGCUGUGCAAGCCUCGCUGUCAACUCCUUCUUAUUCCAAAAGCUCUGUGAAUAUUCACAGCAACAGUGGCAUACUUCUUUGUGCUCACUCGAUAAGAUGAUUGCCCAGUCAGAAAAUCUGAAUGCAAGGGCAGUGAGUGCUUAUUUUAUAGUCCAAGAAAAUAAGAGUACUAUGUUGACGUGCUAUAAUACAAUGCAGGAAAAAAAUAAGAAAACUGCACUUACUAAACUCCAGAAAAACAUGAAGAUACGAUUGAAAUCUAUCAAAGAUAAAAAGAGACUUCGGAAAAAAAUUCCUUGUCCCUCCUGCCCCAAAAUAUUUGUUAAAGAAUAUGAGUUGGAAGAUCAUAGGGAAAAAGUACACUAUCCCAAAAAUAUUAAAUGUGAUUCAUGUACAAAAAUGUUCAGCACCAAAAAACAAUUGCGUAGACAUAAAAAUCUGUAUCAUGUUAAAUUCACUUGUAUAGAGUGCAGUUUAGAACUCUCAUCGAAACAUUUACUUAGAUUACACAUGGAUAAACACUAUAGGAAUUCUUGUGUGCGGUGCAAUAAAAAAUUCGAGAGUCUGAAAUCAUAUAAAGUCCACAUGAAAUCAUGUGGACAGAGGGAAAAAUUUAUUUGUGACAUAUGCAGCAAAGCAUUCGCUCAGAAGCAAGGUCUCACAUGUCAUUUAAAAUGUUUGCACGGUUUCGGUAAAAACUUAUUAUCAUGCAAAUGGUGUGGGAAGAAAUUUGACAUGAAAAGUAGACUGAGCGAACAUAUUGUGAAGCAUACAAGAGAACGAAACUUUACGUGUGAGAUAUGUGGUGCAAAAUUUGUGUCAAAUCCAUCUCUUGUGUACCACAGAAGAUUACAUACGGGAGAACGACCGUACCCUUGUGACAUGUGCAAUGAACACUUUCUGUCUGCAACUACUAGGCUGCUACACAAACAUAGAGUACAUUUAGGACCGACCAAAGAGUGCAACAUAUGUCAAGCAAAAUUUAUUACUAGCUUUGAGCUAAAAAAACAUAAGAAGUGGCAUCAUAAUCCUCAUUCUAAACUGUACGUUCCUACAUUGAAACAAGAAACAGAAUUAUGAUCAAAUGAUGAGUAUAUAAUUUGUGAAAAAGUGCAUAUUGUGUAAUUUUUCUAUUUUUUCCAUUAUGUACAGACAUAUUAUUAUGUAAAAUUUCAGUAUGUUACCACAAAGAAGUAUGUUCCCAUAAUGCAAGAAGAGAAUAUUCCAGUUGGAUUGUUUAUUAAUAGUUUGCAAACUGCAACAAAACAAAUUAAUAAAAAAAACUUUAUUUAUGCUUGUGGGGUACUUUUUGGGGUAAAUAUUGUUGUUUGUAGUCAUCUCUGAUCCCUAAUAUCUGGAUU